CUUGAGCCAGGCAGGCGUCGCCUGGCCCUCUCAGUCCUUACCAGACCCCCACAGCGGAAAGUCACGCGACAGGCACUGCCGCGUAGGGAGUCUCCGCAGCGCUCGCGACGGCGCGAUCGCUUGCCGAUAGCGAGAUAACGGGUCGAUUAUCGCCGUGUUCCGGAGUGACGUGUGACCGUGCCAGUUCGGUGAUGACGGGAGAAGGCGCCGCCGUGUGAUACACCACUGGAAGAAGAGGCGAACGCCGACAACGCACACAAUAUGAUAACGCGCAGCCGCAAGAUCAGCGUCGACGACUACCCGGAGCACCUCAACCCGUUCGCCGACGACAAUGAGGACCUGCGCAACAACAGGUUCAACACCACCGGCCGCAGGAGGGCACGCCCAUCGCUCAAGGAUGCCUGGGAGACGAGCCCGAGCCCCGCGCUGGACGUGGCGGUGACGGUGCGUGGGCCGACCCCCGCGCGGCCGCCGCCCCCGCGCCUCAGCCUGUCGCCGCCGCCGCCGCCGCCGUCGGAAGUGCAGCGGCAGCCGCCGCCGCGGCCGCUGACGCAGCCGCCGCCGCCGCAGCUGCCGGCCCCCGACGCCACCCCCGGUAAGCCCGCGCGGCGCCGCUUCUCGUUCAGCCGCACCCUGGACGCGGGCAGCCGCCUGCUGCUGUCCCCCGCGCUGCUGCGCCGCUUCCGGCCCGGCGCCGCCCCCGCCUCCUCCAAGCCGCCGACCAGGGACUCGCAGCCCCCCGCCGCCCCCGACCUGCGCGGCAGCAUCCGCCGCAGUCAGUCGCAGGCCAUCCCCACGACACCACCCCCAAUCGGCGACGCCUCCGGCCUCAACUCUAGGGCGGGCUCCAACUGGACGCUGGCAGAGGGCGGCUUCCCCCAGAGGAUCCCCAGCUACCGGCCCAAGAAGAGGAGAGCGCCUCCGCCACCAGCAGCAGCGCCCGCACCCCCGACCGUCAGCGUCACGCCGCCACCUGCCGAGACAAGCGAUACGAAGAACGCAGAGCAGCAGGCUGAAGUGGGCGUGGCGGUGGUUGCCCCGACGUCGGGAGAGGUGACAGAAACCACGACAGUGGUGGUGACCGUGGCAGCACCUACACCUCCAGCGAGCAGCCCAGAAGAGUGUCCGGUGACGGAAGUCUCCCUGACACAGCAGACAGCAGUGGAGGACGCGGCUAGUGCUGAAGGUAGUGGCUUCCCCGCAGCAGUGGCGGUCGACUCGGAGACUUCUGUCUCUGCAGCGGGACCGGCCGACCGGGAGGCUGUCGCCCCGCUGGCCGAGGGUGAAGACAUGGCCGUCGAUGACGCUGAGUCGGUGGGGGCUGACGCUUCUAGGCAGGCUGGAGUCGAAGGUAAACCGAGGGAUGAGGCCAUCCAGCCACCGACUGAAAACACCUCUGAAGACCAUCCCAGCAGUGAUGCGGCGGUGUCAGCUGAAGGGACAGAACGACCUGCACCUUCAGAAGCAGUGCCGCUCUCCACUAAGACGGUGGAACUUACAGAACAACAAAUCACAGAACUUUCGGAAGAGAAAGUGGGGAAUAGCUACACUGUGCAGUUGACUACAGCAGAAGGCGAGGCUGCUUCCUCGCCAGAGUCGCCCUCGGAUAAACUGGUGUCUGAGGAAGCUCCAGCGGCAAAUACGCCACAAGUGUUGACGCUGACCAUCCGCGAAUAUAAGGAACCCACCGCAACCUCAACUGACGCAGCGGAAGUCUCGCAAGAAACGAAGCGUGACGCGGAGGACGAAAUAGGGCAAAACCGACCGGUGACAGCUGUAGAAAUGGGAAACCCGACCGUAGAAGUCGACGUAAAGGUAGAGACCGCGACUGCUACCGAACGAGCAGACGUGACUGUGAGCGAUGUUCCACCGACGGAGGCUGACGCAAAGGAGCCGUUAGUGGACGGUGCCACGGAAGAUGGUGAACUGGAAUCCCCCAAAUCGGCGCUAGCGAGCUUUCGCGAAGACUACCUGACCAAGCAUUACAAGAGCGAUUUGCCGGUCCUCCAGAUAACGGAGUCGGAUUUGGCGGAUGAGGAGUCUGAAGUGACGAAGCUCUCAAAUGCUCUGCCGGUGCUGCACAUAAGUGAAGAGGAUCUGAGGGACAAGCCGCAGGCAGAAGAGGCGAGCGAGGCGGCGAACGGGCCUAGCCCGGCGGUUAGGGGGGAGCCCUCCCCCAGGAGGAGCCUGGACGGCGGCGGCCGCAGGGAGUCGCCGCAGCCGCCGCCACGGCAGUCCUCGGCGCAGGAGCUCAACAGCAAGAUCUACUUCCGCGUGCUGCCGCCGCUGGCCGCGGCCGGCGGCCCCCCGCAGCUCAAGACGUUCGGUCCGCCCGCCAGCCCCCCGGGCCGCGGGCCCAAGCCGCAGCCGCCGCUGCGCAACGGCGUCGCCGCCCCCGCCCCCGCCUCCGUCUCGGGGGACGCGUCGCCCCCGCGCACCAAGUCGCCGCUGCCCACGCCGCGCCGACGCCACCAGCCGGUCCCGCGCGACGCCUAGGCGCCACGCCUCCCUCACAUACAACAAACCCACCCAAUUCCGUGCUACCCCUAGACCGCUCAGGCACUCUCCCGGUGCAAUCUCACCUUUCCUAUGCAAGCCUCUGUCGAGAACACAGGGGGAUGUGUGGAACGUCCUCAUUACUAACACAAGCGACGGUCAACUGUGAUACGGGCUGUGGGAGUUAAACACGAGUAAAUUAUGUGCAUCUACAGGUGUUGACAGCGCGUUAUAUUUUCGACGUGCAAACACUAGUAACUCCAAUACUGCUACCGACAUUUCGACCACGUGCCUUUCAAUCAUCUGCCGAGUAAAGUGCGAUUCACAAUGGACUCAGUGGAAUGGAACAGAAGGCGACAUUACCCUCAUAUUGCGGCGUCCUCACACUAGGCUGCACAUUACAUGGCGUACCGAACGGUGAAAGUCAGUUUAUGACACACCAUAUCCGACAGGAAAAGUCGAAAUGCCUUACCGGAAUUAAGUCGCUAACAGUGUUAAAGUACAUUAAAGGCUAAAGCAAAAUUCGUGAUAAAUGUGCUUGACAAAGGGUGAAUGGUAAACUGCAGACAGUGGAACAAUUGGAAAAGUGUCGUCCAAACAUUUCAAGUCACCGAGCGCAGUGGUUGGCACGCUGGACUCGCAUUCGGGAGGACGACAGUUCAAUCCUGCGUCCGGCCAUCCUGAUUUAAGUUUUCUGUGAUUUCCCUAAAUCGCUUCAGGCAAAUGCCGGGAUGGUUCCUUCGAAAGAGCACGGCCGAUUUCCUUCCCCAUCCUUCCCUAAUCCGAGCUUGUGCUCCGUCUCUAAUGACCUUGUUGUCGACGGGACGUUAAACACUAAUCUCCUCCUCCUCCUCCUCCAUUUCAAGUCAUCUGUAUUUAUUUGCUAGGAAGGUAUGUGCAUAUAAGUACAUCAGACGAUAUUUAGAAGGCAAUACAUAUAGCCUUUUUACCUUACCGAUUUUUUUUUUUUUGUUUCCCUUCUAAUAACUAAAUAACGCCAAAGCAAGGAACUAUAACUCGCUCCUUCACCAGAGCCUUUUCACUGUUAUUGAAAAAGGGUGGACGUCUUCUUUGCCGAGGUAUUCUAAAAUCUAAAUCAUUUUUCGCUUCAGGUAUAUGGUCUCUUGGUGCACAUUCCUAGGACAAAUAUCCGUGUCGUCAUAGAACUUUUGCAGUGUAUCACGGAAACAGAGAAAACAGUAAAAUAAAGACGAACAAGACACAAAAUCCCAAAAUUCACGGAUAUAAUAUCAGCGAUGUAGAGAGAACAAGUUAAGUUCCGAUGAUGGCAGACAAAAACACCAUCGGUCAAGGACGCCAACGUCAAAACCAUCUUUCCGAGAAAUCUUUGACGUGCUGGGCCGUACCGUUCACUGCCUGAGUGCCGCCAUUUGAAAUCUAUUGUUGACGUUUCGACGUUCCGUUCCGUCAAGUGUGAAUAGACAGUAAGCCGAUAAUGAGGAAACGCACUUUUUUAUUGUUGCUUCAACCUCCUCACCCCCGUACUAGUGUGGGCUGUACUACGAGCGGCUGCUCAUCUGUCCUUGAGCCCGAGAGCCUUGAAAAGAAAUUUAAUAAUUUAGAAGAAACAAUCGUUUUCUUUAAGUUUUUCUUAAAAAAUAAAAAUGGAAUUACUCGAUGUUUCCAUAAAUUCAAACUGAUACAAGCCUCUGGUGUUUAGCGUUGUUGCUGAUGACUGUGGUUCACGAUCUGGGUCUGUCAGGAAGUAGGGACGGUUGAAAAAAUGAGAUACGUUCAUUUUGAGAAACAAGUGAGGACUGGGUGAUGACUGUUUUUAUGGGGAGCGCUUUGGUAAGGAUACGAGACGGCAAAGAUGGUGGGGAGCGUCCGCGAUGGGAAACAUGCGGGUGGCAGGAAACAGGAUUAGUGGACACCCGCAAAAAUUGGAGACGAAAGAAAACAUUCUGGAAGAAUGGGAUUCGUUACAGCACACCUUCGGUGGAACAGUCAUGUAGUUCCGUUUCGAAUUGAGUCUUCAUUUGUUUGCGAAUAAACAUCUUUUAUGUAAGUCUCGUAGAAUGUUUUAUUAGUGGAUUGACCGUCUGUAUUCUCUCUGUGGCUUACUCAUUUGUUGCGCUCUUAAUUUUAUGAAAAAGGUAGCUUGCAAAAAGAAAGAAAGAAAGAAAAAGGUUUGGAGAUAUUGGAAUUCCGUUGUUGUCCAAGCACUUUGCGGAGAGGUGAAUCCCAUUUUUUUUAACAGAGUUCGAAAACUUAACGAGAUCAGUAUAAACCUCCUAUUUACAUGCGAGAAACUGUACAUAAUCGUAACUUUCUUCUUCAUCGCUAGUUUCAAAUUCACUGGCACGCACAUAAUUGCACAGAGGAGGAAUUUCUUCUUAAUCCCUCUCGUCAGUAAACUCCCCUUUAUUCUCAGUAUCUCCCAAAAGCGACUUCGCGGCACCUACUGGCAAACAGGGCGCGAUUUCUUGCAUACGUCCUAGUACGUAGCCCACUCUUGUGGAGAACAGAGCAACUUCACUCUCUGAUGCCGGCAGUCCGUGACGCAAGUUGUUGCCCGGAAUUUACGAGAUCAGUAUAAUGACAAAAACCUCCUAUUUACAUGCAAGACACUGCACAUAAUCGUAACUUUCUUCUUCAGCGCCAAACAAAAAAAGGAAACAACGCUUGUCGAUUGUGUAGAAGAUUCAUAUCUGGCCACACAUUCCGUCAGGAUCGUUUCUGGCUCCGUUCAGGUCCCUAAUGAACCAUUGUAGAUGGCUCCCUUUCGCUCAGCAUUAAGCUCACCUCUGUUUUUGUAUGUUUAAUGCGCCGUGAACACGAGGCUACUAGUUCAAUUUUUUCUGUUCAUCGUAGAUGGAAUGACACUCCUUCUCGGAGAGAAAAUCCUGUUGCACUGACAAAGUGAACUAGUAUCAUUUCACUGUUCUGCUAACAAGAGAAAUUUUUAAUUUAGUCAGCUGUGUGGUAUGUUCGUUGGUAGGUCCGGCAGCCCAAUGCAUUCUCGGCAUGCGUCAUCAACAAGCAAGUACAGAUGCACCUACAGCUGUUUCGUUCUGAGUUAAGCAAUCCAAUGUGCCAGUCUAGGAAAGCGUGUGCUAAUCAGCCUGUGUUUGACUAAAAGUCCUGUAACUCUAGACAAUCUUCCUGUUUGAGCGUACCAUAUACGUCAACUGCGGUUGGUUACAAGUUUACGUUUCUAUUAUGUUAAUCACAGUACCCGUAGUUUGCCAAAGUUGUGAUUUUUUCCCCUGAUUGGUACGCGGUUUCUGGGAAGUCUUAUUAGUUUCUGUCUUUAUCUUAUUCACCUGAUACUUUUUUGCUUCCUCCUUAUAAGAUUGCGUCCUCUGCAUAUCAGGAGUGCCUUAUGUUCAGUGCCUAAAGUUAGGAAUGUCGGAUACUUAGCACAAAUGCUUCCUACUGUCUACAGCAGAACUUCACCAUUUUCCAGUAGCAGUAAUUUUGUCGCGAAAUGAUACGAGCUGCAGGAACUAUGAUCAGCGAACAUUUCCUAAAGCUGUAUUCAGAUACAAUUGGAUGUGUGUAAAAGGGCGAGACACGAUACAGCGUGCUACAGAAUACUCCUACAGUCACCAGUUUCAUUCAUUUGUGUGCCUUUUUUCUAAUGUUCAGUGUGUACUUCUAUGGUGCUAUUUACGAAACUAGUUGAUGGUCGCUGGAAACACACGAAUUGUGAUGUAUUGGUUGUCUGGGCCAAAACACAAACUCAAAUUAGUGAGACUGUAUAGAAACUUUAGUAAUAUGCAUAACAUUGUACAGUAAUGCAAAUAUUUAAUGUUUAUAUAAUGUUGUUAAGUUUGUGCAUUUGUACUGCGCUGCAGGCAACUAAAUUAAAAUGAUGUAACACA